AUGACUGGCAAAACACAGACCAGCAAUGUCACCAAUAAGAACGACCCAAAGUCCAUCAAUUCCAGAGUCUUCAUCGGUAAUCUGAACACAGCUAUUGUCAAAAAAGGUGACAUUGAAGCAAUCUUUGCCAAGUAUGGGAAAAUAGUGGGCUGCUCAGUGCACAAAGGUUAUGCGUUCGUACAGUACAUGAGCGAGAGGCACGCGAGGGCUGCGGUGGCAGGAGAGAAUGCCAGGAUCAUUGCAGGGCAGCCACUAGAUAUCAACAUGGCAGGAGAACCAAAACCAUACAGACCAAAACCCGGCAACAAGCGGCCACUUUCAGCACUUUACAGACUUGAAUCAAAGGAGCCCUUCCUGUCCGUUGGUGGUUAUGUCUUUGAUUAUGAUUACUACAGAGAUGAUUUCUACAAUCGGUUGUUUGAUUACCAUGGCCGUGUCCCCCCACCGCCCCGUGCAGUGAUUCCACUCAAACGUCCUCGUGUGGCUGUGACAACAACUCGUAGAGGCAAAGGGGUUUUCUCCAUGAAGGGAGCAUCACGAUCCACUUCAAGUGGGGCUUCUUCCUCAGGAUCCAAAUCACCCACCCGUCUUCCCCUGCCCCUUAUGUGGAGUGAUACUGUCCUUGGAAGCGUCACUGGAAGAGGAAGAGAAAGAUCAGUGAAAUCAGAUGAGUUGCAAACAAUCAAGAAAGAAUUAACUCAAAUCAAAACAAAAAUUGACUCCUUGCUAGGGAGAUUGGAAAAGAUUGAAAAGCAGCAAAAAGCUGAAGCAGAAGCUCAAAAGAAACAAAUGGAAGAUCAUGCUGAUUUGAUUCAAGAAGAAUGCAUAUCAGAGAAUGCAGAUAACUCUACGGAAGAGCCAAUUGAAGGAGGGCCAGAUGCAGAUGGGGAUGGAGAAGAUAUGACUGAUGGGAUAGAGGAGGAUUUUGAUGAGGAUGGCAGCAAUGAGCUGUUUCUACAGAUCAAGUGAUGAGAUGUCAUGUGUGAACCCCCUGAAGGCUGAGAAGAAAAACUCUGACUUCCCCACAGAAAAUUGUGAACUGCAGUUUCUUACUGGCUGACAACACCUUUGAUUCAAUUUGUAUGAAACUCAAUUUACUUAUUAAAAUGGACAUUAUUGUUCAAAUAUUAGAAACUCCAUUUCUUAUAUGUUCUAAGCUGUACAAUUGUCAAAUUUUUAUGGUUUAGAUUGUAAAUGUGGUUUUCUCUGGCUAAUUAUUGGUAUUAUUUUUUUAAUUUUGAUGUCUUAAAGGCCAAUGUACUGUAUCAUAAUAAUAUGAAGGACGUAUUUAACAGGUGUGGAAAACACUGUAUACAAAUGUAUAUUUCUAAAAGCUAUUUUUAUGAUUAGCACGUUUUACUGUUUUACCAUAUUUAGAGUCAGGUGAUAUUGCACUUCCUUGUUUACCGCUUAAUUCAAACAAGACCAUUUUGAUCAGUGCCAUGCUUAAAUACAUUGUAUGGUAUUUCCAAUUAUUUUAUUCAAUUUAUUUGUCAUUGGAAAUAAUUACAUUUGAUAAUAGAAUAGCUUCUAAAAAAUGAAAAUGUCAAAAUAAGAGAGCAAUCCUUGAUAAACUGUAAAUUAAAACCUCCUCUAAAUCCCUUUAUUCAGAUAAGCCCUCUCUGUGAUUCCAUUCAUCAGACAGUUGUUACAGCUGUACUUGCAAAUCUCUAAAGGCAGUUUGUUGCUACCAUAUGGAAAGUCAGUCAGCCUCCUGUCUAGCCAGGAAAAUUACUUAUAGCCUGCCAAUAUCUGACAGCCUAAGUUAGCCUACUUAUUACUUUUUGGGUUAUUUUCUGGCAGAAGUCUUUCCACCCACAAACUCCUAGGGCCCUCCUAAAAGCCUAAAGUUGGAAUAAUUACAGAUGUUGUAGGGGGAAUCUCAGUAUAGAAUUUCUUAAUAAAUCAUGUUUCCUUUCAAACA